AUGAUGUUGGCCCCAUCACCUCCGUUGGCUGUGCUUGCCCCGCCGGCUGUGGUGCCACAGGCGCAUGUGGGAGCCGGUGCCUGCGAUGCAGGCAGGUCGGUGACGGCUGGCCGACUGCUGGCCGGCGGGAUCCUUCUCGCGAAGCGAUCAUGGCGACGACAGCUGCACCGGACGGCCCGUUUGGCCGUGCGGCAAAAGCCUCGCAGCAAGCCGAUGCCACCAGAACAGAAGGUGUAUCCAGCAAAGGAGCUCUGCAGUCGCUGUGGUUUCUGCAACACCUCCCUGGUCGGCCGCGUCCAGGAAGCCUGCGCCUUCUUAGGCGAAGGGAUGGAGCGAAUCGACGCUCUGGAAGCAAAGGUGCACGGCCGCCGCAGGCGUAUUGAUGAGGAGAACGAGCUCUACUUUGGCGUCACCGAGGAGAACGGCUUACGACCCAUUCGCAUGGCUUCAGAGAGCCGUCCCGAGCGACGAGCUUGGACAGGCGUGGUCACCUCCAUCGCUUGUGAAAUGCUUCGUUCUGGUCGGGUGGAUGCGGUGCUCUGCGUGGGCUCUGCAUCCCCGGAGGCCCCCUUGGAGCCAAAACCCAUCUUGGCGCGAACGGUUGAGGAGGUGCUGGCCAGCGGUGGAGUAAAGCCCAUGCUUUCACCGAACCUCCUACCUUUGGAAGAGCUGUGGGAGGUACGGGGCCAAGAUAUCCGAAAGCUCCUCUUCAUCGGAGUUGGAUGCCAGGUGCAGGCACUUCGUUCCGUGGAAGAGGAUCUUGACCUUGAUGUUCUGUACGUCCUCGGCACGAACUGCGUGGACAAUCCGCGGGACGCCGAGGCGCUCCAGCGUUUCCUGCGCAGCGCUAGCGAGACGCCGGAAACUGCAGUCGGCUUCGAGUUCAUGCAGGACAACCGUAUCCACAUAAAGCACCGCGAUGGCCGAUACGAGCGCAUCCCCGUGUUCUCCCUCAAGGAGCCCCAUACUUGCACCGGGGUCAUUGCCAAGUCCUGUUAUGCGUGCUUCGACUAUGUGAAUGCCCUGACGGACCUUACCGUGGGCUACAUGGCAGCUCCGUGGGAAGGUGGCAAGAUGACGGAGCACAGCCAGUACUGCGUCAUCCGAAAUGCGCGUGGCCAAGAGAUGGUCGAGGCUGUGAGUCAUCUCGAGCUCGGCGACCCCGCCGAGCUCAUGCGGCCGUCGCUGCUUUCACGCGAGGGCGUGGUGCCUGGCGUCCUGAAACCAGAGUUGGACCUCGCCUUCGGCCAGCGGCAGCCCAGGGACGGCCCUCCCAGGUGGUUGGCGGAG